AUGGCACCCACCGCAGGGCUGAAGCAUCUAUCGAACGCCCUCGCCACCCCGGAUCAACUGUCCAAUUCAUCCUCUUCCCUUGAUGGCGUUCCCUCCGACCUCGAGACCUCCAUCCGCUGCGCCGGGGCGCAGCUCACCCAAACCGCCGGCGUGCUGUUGCGCCUGUCGCAGGACGUCAUCGCCCAAGCGAUCGUGACCUUCACCAGGUUCUGGCUGGGAGCAGACGGAGGCAGUCUGCGCAUUUACUCCGUCAAGGAUGUCUCCGCCGCCGCCCUCUACCUCACAGCCAAGCUCUCCUUCCAACCGACCUCCCCUCGCUCCGUACUCAACGUCUACCACAUUCUCCUCUCCCGCGAUGCUUCCCCGCUCUGGUUCGUGAAUCCGCGCGGGACCCCAGCCCAACCCCCGCACCAGAAACAUACAUCCUCUCCGAAGUCCGCGCGCCUGGUCCUCCUACGCAUCGAAUCCGUCAUCCUCCGCACCCUGGGCUUCGACACACAUGUCGCGCUACCACAUACCAUCGCACUGACCUACCUCCAAACGCUGGGCGCAGCGCGACCGGCGGUGUCCCGGCGGGUGAUCCAGCAUCUGAACGCCUCGCUGCUCUCGCCGCAACUACUGUACGUCACGCAUCAGCCGAAUGCAUUGGCGGUGGCGGCUAUCUAUCUAGCUUCGCGUGAAGAAGGCGUGAAGCUGGUCGAUGGGGAGUGGUGGGAGGUUUUUGAUGUUGAUCGUGAAGAGCUUGGGUUUCUGGUUGUGGCUAUGAAGAGCACGGAGGGCUUUAUGCGCUCAGAGAAGGAUCGGUGGCGGGAUCAGGGCAUUCCGAUGGUUGUUGAAGCGGUGGAAUCUGAAAUCAGGAAACAUAACUCCUAA